CAGUUUCUUUUCUUACUGGGAUACAACAGUUUGCUCAACCAGUGAAAACUGAGUCAACGAGUUCUAACUUGUUGACGUGAUUGUUGUAUGUGUCAUCCAAUUUUCAACCAUACGUAGUCAGACCUUUAUUUCGAAAGAUUUGCACGACAACUGUAUGCGGCAGCUUGACGCUCACGGCAGCGAGAGGGAUCCUCGCUGAUGUGGUGUUUUGGUCCAGUCGAGCCCACUCACAAAAAUGACAGCGCGGAAGUCUGGCUCGCGACUGGAGACCGAGAUCGAGCGGUGCCGCUCUGAGAGUCAAUGGGACAAGAUACCGGAGUUAGUGCGACAGCUGUCCGCCAAACUAAUAUCCAACGAUGACCUAGGUGAGCUGUUGCUGGGGGAAUGCAAGCUUCAGACGUACCUGAAGGAGAACCCCAUCAAACAGGGAGCCAGUCCCAGGGGCCCACGACCUAAACUGGUAGAGGUCAGGAAACACCUCACUGCUGCUCUGGACAGAGGAAACCUCAAGGCGGAUUACCUCCAGGAAGCCAGCCUGCUGAUGGCCAAACUGUGCUAUGUGGAGGGAGAAUACAGAGACGCGUUAGGUCACUACAGCAGGGUCAACCUGGAUGACAUGCAUCUGGGUGGAGCUCCUGUGUACAGGCUGUCCAUGAUAGCGGAGGCAUACGCUACUAAAGGACUGUGCUUGGAGAAGGUCCCAGCAGCCUCCCCGUCUCUAUCCAAUAAGAACACUGGGUCUCCCUCGUCCAAUAGGAGCACAACGGACCAGGAUCAGGAAAUCAUCACCUGCUAUGAAAAGUCUGGAGACAUCGCUCUGCUCUACCUGCAGGAGGCUGAGAAGGCCUUAUCAGCAGGAAUUCAGAACCGCAGCCCAAAGCCCGGCCCGACGGCCCAAGACCUGGAACUGGGCUACUUCCUGGAGACGGGCCUGCAGAGAGCCCACGUCAUCCACUUCAAGAACGGCAACCUGACACAAGGCGUGGGCCGGUUUCGGGAGAUUCUUCGGGCUGUUGAGAACAGAACCACCCAGAGCCUGCGCAUGACCAUAGCCAGACAGCUUGCAGAGAUCUUGCUCAGAGGAAUGUGUGAACAGAGUUACUGGUCUCCUCUGGAAGACCCACCCACUGUGUCGCCAUUGGACGAUCCCACACGGCAGGGACACACUCACACCAAGAACUACAGCCUAAGCCGACGCCCACGCGUGUACUCGGGAGAGAACCUGUUUUGCCCCCAGGAGAACACAGAAGAAGCGUUGCUGCUGCUGCUCAUCAGUGAGUCCAUGGCUAACCGUGACGCUGUCCUGAGCAGGAUCCCCGAACACAACAACGAUCGCAUCAUCAGCCUGCAGUCUGCGUCAGUGGUGUACGACCUGCUGACUAUAGCUCUGGGCAGGAGAGGGCAGUAUGAGAUGCUGUCUGAGUGUUUGGAGAGAGCCAUGAAGUUUGCCUUUGAGGAGUUCCACUUGUGGUACCAGCUCGCCCUGUCGCUCAUGGCAGCCGGGAAAUCCGCCCGUGCUGUUAAAGUCCUCAAGGAGUGUAUUCGCCUGAAGCCUGACGACCCCACCAUCCCACUGCUGGCUGUCAAGCUGUGCAUCGGACCUCUGCACUGGUUGGAUGAGGGGGAGUGUUUUGGAAAGAUUGUGAUUGACAUGGGGGAGAAAGCAGCUGAGUUCAGAGCCAAAGGCUUCUUGGCCAUUGGGCUGGUUUACAGCCUCAAAGCCACUGACGCAUCAUUGCGAAGCACACAGGAGGAGUACCAGAGGAAAGCUUUGGGAGCCUUCCAGAGGGCUCAGAGUCUGUCUCCCACUGACCAUCUAGCAGCCUUCUACUUGGCGCUGCAGCUCGCUGUGUCCAGACAGAUCCCCGAGGCACUAGGCUAUGUACGACAGGCGUUGCAGCUCCAAGGGGAUGAUGUCCACUCCCUUCAUCUGCUAGCCCUGCUGCUCUCUGCUCAGAAACACUACCACGACGCUCUCAAUAUUAUAGAGAUGGCUCUGUCCGAGUACCCAGAGAACUUCAAUCUGCUGUAUACCAAGGUGAAGUUGGAGUCGAUGUGUAGAGGACCGGAGGAAGCUCUGCUCACCUGCAAACACAUGCUGCAGAUCUGGAAGAGCUUUUACAACCUUACCAACCCCAGUGAUUCUGGGCGUGGCAGCAGUCUGUUGGACAGAGCCAUGGCAGACAGACGGCAGCUCAACGCCAUGACUCUGCCUGACUUCAGCGAUCCAGACACCGUCUCAGGUUCUUCCUCUUCUCACUCUGGUUCCGAACCGGUCUCCCCAUCCAGCAUUUCCACCUUCUCCUCCCCACUAUCCUCCCCUGCUUCCCCUUCUUCCCCUGUCUUCAUCCUCCAGUCUCCUCCUUUCCCUCCACCCAACAACACAUCCUUCUUCCCUCCUUGUCCCCCUCCCCCUCCUCCUCCUCCUCCUCCUCCUCCUCCUGCACCCACCAAGACCAGGACUCACUCCUUUUGCAACCACGUCCGUCUCCGACAGCUCUCCUCCAAUUGUAAUCCGCCUCCGCGUCCACUCGGCCUGUAGCAUGGUGUGGAGAAUGACCUAAAAGAAUCCACCAAGUGUUUUGCGCGAUUUGCUUGUGGGUUUACUGUUUAAUGACGAGAGCGUCCCCGGUGUGCUGGUGGCCCCGGAGCUCUGUGCUAAACAGCAUCUUGAUCAAUGUUAGCCAACUAGAAAUAUCUACAAGCAGAAGACUACAACUGAAUUGCACUGAUGUAGCUCAUGUUAGAUCUGUUAUUAUAUUAUAUAUAUUUUAUUUAAACGUAAUAGAUUGUAUUCAACCCGUCACUACAGUAAAUAGGGAAGUAUCAUCCUCGUAUAUGUUCAUCAUGUAAUAACAUACAUUUGUUUGUAGCUAUUUAUCAGUGUUUAUGAUAUUUCUUUCAUAUGUUAUCAGUAUAACAUUACAUAACAGAAAAGGCAGAACACUCCUACAUCAGGAUGACCUCACCCAGUCCGUACUGCUGGUUUACAGACAAACCAACGGAGCAUCAACACCACCUAAAUAUCAGACAGAGUUUCCACCGCGGUUCUGACUUUAUUGUCACUCAGACCGUCGACCAGGUGAACCGUGGAUUCGACCCGUCGUCUUAACCUCGCGAGCACGGACGACCAGUGUAGAACUGAACCGACUCACGCUAACUGGAUGUGCUUCAUAGUCGGCUCUGGCUGUGGAUCAGAGCGCUGUUGAGCCUCGUGGAUCUGCUGCAGUUGCUUUGUGUUUUUUUUGUCUCGGGUGAACUCACUCACUCACUCACUCACUCACUCACAUUUUAACUCCACACGCUCGCAGUUGAUACAGCUCGGAUUUAGAGAUCAGUUGGGUUCUUUAUUUUUAUUUUUGCUACCACUGAAAAGGAGUUCUACAUAUUACAGCAUCACUGUCUCUCCACAUCCAUCUGCUUUCCCCUGCUCUCUUGUUUUCGCUACUAUUUUGCAUCUCUCUCUCUCCUCUCUCUCUCUCUCUCGGUUUCUGUGAGGAUUAUACAUUUGAGCCAACAUUAAUUUGUCAGGUUUCCCGGUUACACCUUUAUGUUGCCUGUCCCCGUGGCCAUCUCUUCUCCUAAUGAUGCUUGCACUGUAAAAUGCCGGUUGUUAUUUAGUUAAAUCAAUAAGCAGCACAGAAAAGUCAUUUCUCUCAGUAAGUCUGGGAACAAUUACAUGAUUUAAACAAUAAGUCCAUCACAAUGAUCACAGUUACUGGAAAUCUGACUUGAUUCUUGUGUUGCUGCAUUGAUGUCAGAAAAAUGACGUCUGGAAAAACUAAAAGAUUUUAUGUGUUGCACACGUCCCCAAUUUCAAUCCAACUGUCCUGAAAUGUUUAAUAGAUGUAACGUUACUGGUCACUGCCUCGUUUUGAGCAUGCAGUUCAACCUGCCAACAAAAAGCUCUCGUGAUUUAUUAAGCAGAAAAAGAUGAGCCUAUUUCAGACUUGCUUGUAUGUCAGACUUUAUUUGAACAGAUUAUGGCGUGAAGUUGACACAAGUGUGGAAGCAGCUUGUCUCAUGUUGGUCUAAAAGGUUAGCGUGAAGAAUAAAACCCUCCUCAUCGUGCUCAUCGUUCUUCCUUCCUGGAAUCGGCGUUCCUUUUAAAAAAAAUGUUUUUAUGAUUUGUACAUUUCUUCUCUGUCUCGAGCGCUCUUUCAAUCAUUAAUGAUCGUCUCACUGUUUUUCCCCCAUCCCUCCGUUUUU